AAUAGAAGAAAUAGCCAUAAAUCUUUUUUUGACAAAUUUAUUCAUCAAUGGCUAUUUCUUCUUUUUUGAGUUUCUUUUUUUUGCUCAUAUGUUAUUUUAAACUAUGUCAAGCACAAUUAGUACCAGCAGCUUACAUGUUUGGUGAUUCUUUAAUUGAUGUUGGUAAUAAUAAUUAUUUACCUUCCAUUAUUAAAGCUAAUUUUCCUUAUAAUGGUCGUGAUUAUCCUGGUGGAAAACCUACUGGAAGAUUUUGCAAUGGAAAAAACACUGCUGAUUUUCUAGCUGAGAAAUUAGGAAUACCAACACCUCCCCCAUACUUGUCUGACAAGAACAAUCAGUUUCCAAAAGGUGUAAGCUUUGCUUCUGGUGGAGCUGGAAUCCUCAGGACCACCAAUGGUAACUUAAUCAGCUUUGCACUUCAUUUGUCUCGACAAGUGCAGUUUUUCUCAGUGGUGCAACAAAGAUUGGUGAAGCAAUUAGAAGCUGAUGCUGGAAUGAAGCAAUUAUCAAAGUCUCUAUUUGCUGUUGUCAUUGGAAGUAAUGAUAUAAUUAAUUAUUUUAAAUCUGAUUCCAAACUCCCAAAGACAAAAUCACCCCAACAAUAUGUCGAUGAAAUGGUCUCUACUCUACAAGUCCAACUAAAGCAACUGUAUGGUCUAGGUGCAAGAAAAUUUGUGAUGACAGGAGUAGGAUCAGUUGGAUGCAUUCCAUUACUAAGAUUUCAAAGUGCAAAUAAUUCAAAUGAAUGUUUCCAACAAGCUAAUUUUUGGGCAAACAAAUAUAACCAACAAGUUCAAUCUAUGCUACAAGGAUUGAAGGCUGAGCUCAUAGAUAUCAAUUACUCAUUCAUCGACACAUACAGUUUGUUGCUUGAUAUCAUCCAGAGUCCAGCUACUUACGGUUUUAGUGAAGUGAAAUCUGCUUGUUGUGGACUUGGAAGACUAAGAGCAAAAUUACCUUGUACCCCAGUUGCCCUUUUCUGUUCCAAUAGAAAUAGCUAUGUUUUUUGGGACAGAUAUCACCCAACUGAAGCUGCUGAUCGUUUAAUUGUCAACACUGCUUUUGAUGGAAUCAACAAAUAUGUUUUUCCACUAAAUGUUAAGCAACUUAUUGCCUUGUAAUUUUGCAUAUUGAGCACGCAAAACACACACACAAAAAAAAGAAAACACACCAAGUUAAGUUUGUAGACAGGUUUUUGUCUCUAUAUGAUAUACGUACAACCAUUGAAUUAUACUUUUUGUAGUAAUCAA